CUUCUGUGAAAUGCAGCAUUGCUUAUUAGCAAGCUUGAUGGAAAACCCUGUGAGAUAGAAAGUCUUGUCACUUUAUUUGUAUGUGCUUUCCUGCAUCUUAAGUUGCAGCUUCGGAUCCCUUAGGAUCAUGUGAGGCUAGGUUAUAUAUUAGAGAGCUGUGCUAUAGUACUGUGAGAGUGUAAGCCUAGCAGCUGGGUAGUGUUAUGGUUGCUGCUUUCCUGUGCUAAGCUGAUUUACUUGUUUAAGGUCUGACCUCAUCAUCCUGUCAGUAUGGAUUCCCACCUAUACAGUUAGCAGCAGCUUAGCAUCGGCUUGAAGAGCUUGCAGUAUAUUAAUCAGAAGAGAGAGGGAGAGAGCUACCGGUAUUUGUUCUUUUGUUGUCUUUUCUUAAGAAGAGGAGUUGAAACACAAGAGAUAACAAAGAAUCCGUUUCCUUUCUAAAAGAAUAGGCUUUUUUCUUUUUUUUUUUUCUUUUCCCUGAAAAAAUGUCAGUAUCUGGAAAGAAAGAGUUUGAUGUGAAGCAGAUCCUGAGGCUCCGCUGGAGGUGGUUCAGUCACCCCUCGCAAGGCUCCACAGGCACGGGGGGCUGCCAUCAGCAGGAAGGAUAUGAGCACAGAGGGACACCGAUUCAGAACAGGUUGAAGAACCACGCUCGGGACAGAAAUGGGCUGAAGAAAAAUAGCAGUCCUGUCCACCACAACAUACUAGCACCCGUGCCAGGUCCAACCCCAGUGCACCACCGAUCUAUUCAAACCUGGCAUCAGCAACAUCUCAUUGAACAGCUUCGAUCAUAUGAGGAUAUUCCAAAAACAAGCACAGAGGAAAACUGUGUUAAAGAAGAUUCAAGUAAAACCACACAGGAGUUGCAGAUGAUCACGGAAGAAAAUUCAGAUGAAUCUGCAGAGAGGCUGUCAACGACCACCAGCUCACUCCUUGGAAUGAACACCAACGGCUCAGAUGAAUAUUUCCAGUCUACAAACCAUGCAGAGCAAACAUUCCGCAAGAUGGAGAACUACCUGCAGCAGAAGCAGCUGUGUGAUGUUCUACUUAUAGUUGGAGACCAAAAGAUUCCAGCUCAUAGGUUGGUCCUCAGUGCAGUGUCUGAUUAUUUUGCUGCAAUGUUUACUAAUGAUGUGCGUGAAGCAAAACAAGAGGAGAUCAAGAUGGAGGGAGUAGACCCUGAUGCACUGAAAGCUUUGGUGCGCUAUGCCUACACAGGUAUUCUAGAGUUGAAGGAAGACACUAUAGAAAGUUUGCUAGCUGCAGCUUGUCUUCUCCAGCUAUCCCAGGUUAUUGAGGUAUGCUGCAACUUCCUCAUGAAGCAGCUCCAUCCUUCUAAUUGCUUGGGGAUUCGCUCCUUUGGAGAUGCUCAGGGCUGCACGGAGCUCCUGAAGGUGGCACACACCUACACUAUGGACCACUUCACAGAAGUAAUAAAAAACCAGGAAUUUCUGUUGCUCCCUGCUAAUGAAAUUGCAAAGCUGCUGUCUAGUGAUGACAUCAAUGUUCCAGAUGAAGAAGCCAUAUUCCAGGCAUUAAUGAUGUGGGUGAGGCAUGAUUUGCAAAACCGGCAACGAGACCUAGGAAUGCUUCUUUCUUACAUUAGACUGCCUCUACUUUCCCCCCAGUUACUAGCUGAUCUAGAAAACAGUCCAAUGUUUGCAGACGACUUAGAGUGUCAGAAGCUUCUUAUGGAGGCUAUGAAGUACCACCUCCUACCAGAGAGACGGUCCAUGAUGCAAAGUCCUCGAACUAAGCCUAGAAAAUCUACAGUGGGUGCACUUUAUGCUGUAGGAGGUAUGGAUGCCACUAAAGGUACCACUACAAUUGAAAAAUAUGACCUUAGGACUAACAGCUGGAUACAAAUUGGUACUAUGAACGGUAGACGGUUACAGUUUGGAGUUGCAGUAAUUGACAACAAGCUGUACAUUGUGGGGGGAAGAGAUGGUCUGAAAACAUCUAACAUUGUGGAAUGUUUCAACCCUAUCACCAAAGUCUGGACUAUAAUGCCUCCUAUGUCAACACACAGACAUGGCCUAGGAGUAGCAAUGCUUGAAGGACCAAUGUAUGCUGUUGGUGGCCAUGAUGGAUGGAGUUACCUUAAUACCGUGGAAAGAUGGGAUCCACAAGCACGGCAAUGGAAUUAUGUUGCAAGCAUGUCAACCCCUAGAAGCACCGUAGGGGUUGCAGCAUUAAAUAGCAAACUAUAUGCUGUCGGUGGACGAGAUGGAAGCUCCUGCUUGAAAUCAAUGGAAUGUUUUGAUCCACACACAAACAAGUGGAGCAUAUGUGCUUCCAUGUCUAAGAGAAGAGGCGGUGUUGGUGUUGCAACAUACAAUGGUUUUUUAUACGCUGUGGGAGGUCAUGAUGCACCUGCUUCCAACCACUGCUCUCGACUUUCCGACUGCGUAGAAAGGUAUGAUCCUAAAACAGAUGCUUGGACAACAGUGGCCCCCUUGAGUGUACCUCGGGAUGCUGUUGGAAUUUGUCCUCUGGGGGACAGAUUAUAUGCUGUUGGGGGCUAUGACGGACAUACGUACCUGGAUACCGUGGAGUCCUAUGAUGCUCAAAAUAAUGAGUGGACAGAGGAAGUUCCUGUCAAUAUUGGAAGGGCUGGAGCAUGUGUUGUUGUUGUGAAGUUGCCUUGAAGACUAUAAAUAUUGUGAAACUAAACUGAGUGGAGUUUUGUGAAGUCAGGAAGAUAAGAAACAUUCCAAAACGCAGUACAGACUAUAUACAUCUCAGCAGCCCUCCAUGACAGAGAAAACUUAUCUCUGAGCCAUUAUGCUAUUAGAGCACAGAAGUGUCUUCCCACAUUACAGAAAUCAGAGAAUUUUGCAUAACUGAAUUAUUUUAUUAUGCCUAAUACAUAAAAAAAAAAUCAAAAAUAUGUUUAAAUGGUUCAGGUUUGUUACAAAAGUGUAUCUGUUAUUUAUAAACUGCAAUAGUAAAGUCAUAAAAGGGUGUAUAAGAUUUCAUAAACUUUUUCCUUUUCUAUGGUGGCAGUUAUGAUAAUGCUGAUAAAAAGAGCUUUUUAUACUUUAUGUAAAUGAAAAUGAAUAACAGAGAAAAACCUUCCACCAAGAACUGCACAGAAGGAAAUAUUUGCCCAUCAGUAUCACUGGCAGCAGAAUAUUCUCUGCAGAAGUAACUUCAUUUCUAUUUUAAGAAAUUAAAUUACUAAAUUAACUUUAAAAACAUAUCAGAGAAACAUAGAAUCUGGUUGCUAUUCAACCUCCUGGCACUGUUAGUACUGUAACAGAAUAUCCAUUUUUAGCAGUAUAUUAAAUUGAAUGGUGCAAGAAGUACUAGGCCUAAGGUAUCUUUAUGUUAUUGUGUGCCAACAGAAAGAGAUCUCUUUUGUCAAAACACAAUGCUAACAUAAUUUGCAAUCUUUUUCACAGUGCAUAGAUAUGUGAUAUUUUAAUGCUGAUCAGGGUAUCAGGUUAUUCAUGGAUUUGUCUUUGCCCACUAACCAUCUGUCAGUAGGUGUUAAACUAAUUUGACUAUUUUUGAGAUAAUCACCACACAUUACAUUUUAAAAACAAUCAUAUAAGUACAUUCUUUGAAUAUGACUUACAAAAUUAAACUUUUAUAUCAUAUUGAUAUGACAAUCUUUGACCUCAGCUGAAGAUUACCAGCUUUCUCUCAUGUACAGUUGAAAGAUGGUAAGAAAAAACCCCAACACAUCCACUGUGUAAUGUUCUAUAUCAUUUAUAUGAGCAUGUUAAUGUUUUAUUUGAAAGUAAGGGAAUGCUAAGAAUCAAGAAUAAACAGGGGAAGAAUCACCUCAAAACAGCAGUUAAUAUUCCACAUGCAUGAUGUUUUCUUUUUGUGUGUCAAUUUCUAAUGAAGGUUGAUUUGUUUCUCAUUAAUUUCAUUUCUUUUUGUAAUAUCAAAUGCUGAGAGUGUAUUUUAGAAAAAGAAUGUAUGUAAGAUAUUCUAUGCUGUGAAGCACAAUAUUUGGACAGUACC